UCCGACAUCUCCUCUGCUCCGGUGAAUUGUUUGAAAUGUCGACGUGUGACGUUUAUAUAGUUUACAUUAACAAACGUUAAAAGUUUGACGGAGGGAAAGGAUGGAGUAUUUUAAAAGCAGUCUAAAGUCCGUUUUGGGAACCGCUCCCGCUGGCACGCAGCCGACAGGUGCCGAUACAGUGGAAAAAUUAGUAGACAGAUUGCAAUCUUCGACAUUACUCAAUGACAGAAGAGAUGCUUGUCGUGCGCUCAAAGCGUUAUCACGCACGUAUCGCGUGGAAGUUGGUGCUCAAGGGAUGGAUGCGUUGAGACAAGUGUUGGAAAUGGAUAGGACAGAUUGCGAAAUAAUUGGUUUAGCUUUGGACACUCUCUGUAAUAUAACAAGUCCCGAAACAUUCGACGAGGAAGUGGACAAACAUGGUCCUAAAAGCAAAAUAGGAGAACAGUUUACAGAAAUAUUUAUCAAACAUCCAGAUAGCGUUGGAUUAAUAUUGAUGUUUCUUGAAGAGUUUGAUUUUCGUGUCAGGUGGCCCGCACUGAAAUUGUUGACACAUUUAUUGGGAAACAGAUCUAAAGAUAUUCAAGAAAUAAUUUUGAUCAGUCCUAUGGGAGUCUCUAAGUUGAUGGAUUUGCUGAGCGACAGUAGAGAAGUUAUACGUAAUGAUGUUUUGUUGCUACUAAUUCAAUUAACAAAAGGCAAUGCAAAUAUUCAAAAAAUAGUAGCGUUUGAAAAUGCAUUUGAUCGUAUAUUUGAUGUCAUCGAUCAAGAGGGUAAUGCAGAUGGUGGUAUUGUCGUGGAAGAUUGCCUCUUACUCAUGUUAAAUCUUCUGAGGGGAAAUGUCAGCAACCAAAAUUUUUUUAAAGAAGGUAGCUAUAUUCAGAAGUUGACACCAAUGUUUCAAAUACCCAGUGAAAUAGAAGAUAAUAAUUUUGGUGGUUGGAGUCCACAGAAAGUAUCUAAUGUUCAUUGUAUGGUGCAAGUUGUACGAGCGUUGGUAGCACCAAGUGCUCCUGGUCAGGCAGUUGCAGCUUGUCAACGAACUAUGAGAGCAUGUGGAUUAUUACAAGCAUUAUGCGAUAUACUAAUGGCUGGUGGAGUGCCCGCGGAUGUAUUAACGGAAACUAUCAACACUGUAGCAGAAGUUAUAAGAGGAAAUGCUAGUAAUCAAGAAUUUUUGGCUAGUGUCAUGGCGCCGAGUACUCCUCCAAGACCAGCCAUUGUUGUGUUAUUGAUGUCUAUGGUGAAUGAGAAGCAACCAUUUGUUCUACGGUGUUCCGUAUUAUAUUGCUUUCAAUGCUUCUUGUACAAAAAUGAGGUGGGGCAAACACAGCUGAUUCAAACUCUAUUACCGCAAGGCAAUGAGGCGCCGUCGCUAACUACAGGACAGUUGCUGUGCGGCGGAUUAUUUUCUACAGAUUCGCUAUCGAAUUGGUUUUCUGCCGUGGCGUUAUCUCAUGCUUUGAUCGAGAAUAUAAGCCAGAAGGAACAGCUUUUAAGAGUGCUUCUCGCAACCAAUAUUGGAAAGCCACCAGUAACACUUAUGCAGCAAUGCGUUAUGUUGUUGCAACAGGGUAAUAAGACACAGUGUAAAUUGGGCCUGUUGAUGUUGCUCUGUCGAUGGACCUCGUAUUGCCCGCUGGCAGUAAAAUCAUUCCUAGCUAUUGACUCUUCGGUGGCGUACUUAACAGCUCUUCUUUCGUCGCAAGAGAAUAAUGAUGAUUUACAAGAAACCUUACUGCAGAGUAUGUGCGCCUUACUUAUCGGUAUUUGUGUGCAUUUCAACGACGAUAGUGUACCUACCUAUACAAAGGAAAAAGUGUGCAAUUUAAUUGAGAAUAGAAUAGGUGUGGAAAAAUUUCAAGAUGCGAUUGGUGGUAUUGCCAGACACGAAAUAUAUUCUCGAACGCUAAAACAUCCGCAGCCGUCUGCGAAAAACCCGUCAGAGCUCUUAUUGGACCACGAAUUUUGCAGAUUGCUGAAAAGUUUAGAAGGUGUUGUAAUAAAAUCAAUAAUAGAUGCCAAUAAUGAACAUCAGAACAGAAGUCAGUUAUCUAUGAGCUUAUCUGACAAUACAUUAGUUUUGCAAUAUAAAGAUCUUAUAAGAGAGCAAGAUGUGCAAAUUCAAAAGUUAAAUCAAGCUAAUGAUGUUCUAUUAAAAGAAAAACAAGAACUUGAGGCACAACUGCAAGAACUUCGAUCGACCGUUAGUCAUUUACGAGAUCAAAAUUUGGUUCUUCGAGCGGCACAAACGAAUAUAGGAGAUGGAAAGGAGACAAUUGCUUCUAGUAACAGUAUAGAUAUGGAAAAAGAAUUGCAAACAUAUAAAACAAUGGUUGCAAAUUUAGAAAAGCGUUUAGCUGAAUAUGUACACGUGUCACAAGAGCACAAAGAGAAAAAUAAUGAAAAAAAGGAAUCGGAAUUAGAGUAUCAGUUAAAAUCGAAGAUAGAUGAACUUGAAAAAUUGAAAAAAGAUCAAGAAGAUCUUUUAAUACUUUUGACUGAUCAAGAUAGUAAAAUUAUGCUGUAUAAAGAAAGAUUAACCGAGUUGGGUGAUAAGGUCGAAUCUGAUGAAAGUUCAGGUGAACUUGAUACAGAUGAUCAACCAGAAUCAAGUAAUUAAGACAUUCUCUAAUUGAUGUUCCAGAUAAAUUAAUAGCAGAUUUUUUUAUAUAUAUAAUAAACAUUUCUUUUUCCAUAAAAUUUCAUUUUAUG